GUCUCUUUUUCCAUUUUCAUUUUCUUUCUCCUUCUUCUCUGUUUUUUGUUCGUUUUUGCUUAGCCCCAAUUUCAAGUUAUCAUAGGUCUGGUCAAUUAGAUCUAGAUUUGACAAUGUCUGAUCUAUACGGAGAGGAAGGGCUGAUGGCAACUGAAUUUGGUAUUCCGCCAUAUGAGAGUGACAAGUUUUUGGACGAAACAAGCAACAAAAGAAGCGGGCCUUUUAGAAAUGGCAGCUCUUAUACGGAGGUUAGGAAGACUCCAGGGAAUGUAAAAGUCGCGGCAAUUGAGAGUAAAUUGUUGUGUAGUUUAGAGGAGUUUUAUAAAGGCGCUAGAAGAAAAAUGAGGAUUUCUCAUGUCAUUCCUGAUGAAUUUGGCCCCAUGCACGAGUCUACCAUGCACUAAAUUUCUGCUGAAGGUGGUGAGUGGAUUCGUACCGGACAUAGUAAGAUAUCAGUACCUUUGAUUUGAAGUGAGAACUCUGGGGUUUCUUCUGUCAUUGUUUAUCUAUUUGGGUGUGAUUUCAAGUGCGUAUAGUCAGAAUGUUACCUCAAGACCAUCUGUUGUUAGUAUUGGUGCUAUUUUUACUUUCAACUCUACCAUUGGUAAAGUUGCCAAGAUUGCCAUUGAAGAAGCUGUGAAAGAUGUCAACUCUAAUUCUAGCAUUCUUCCUGGCACAAAACUUAACAUGACAAUGAAAAAUUCCAAUUGCAGUGGGUUUCUUGGCAUGGCAGAAGCAUUGCAAUUCAUGGAGACCGAUGUUGCUGCCAUCAUAGGCCCACAAUGUUCUACAGUUGCCCAUAUUAUAUCUCAUGUCGCAAAUGAACUACAAGUUCCUUUACUGUCAUUUGGGGCUACUGACCCCACUCUCUCUUCCCUUCAGUUCCCCUACUUUGUCAGGACAACACAGAGUGAUUCUUACCAGAUGGCUGCAGUAGCUGAUAUUGUUGAUCAUUAUGGCUGGAAAGCUGUGAUUGCCAUAUUUGUUGAUGAUGACUAUGGACGGAAUGGAGUAGCUGCAUUGAAUGAUGAACUUGCACAGAGACACUGUAAAGUCUCAUAUAAGGCUGCAAUUCCCCCAGGAUCCAGAGUGAAUCAAAAUGAUAUCAUGAAUCUGCUUGUAAAGGUUGCAUUGAUGGAAUCCCGUAUUAUUGUUCUGCAUGCAAGUGGAGAUAUGGGUCUCAGGGUUUUCUCUGUUGCAAGCUAUCUUGGGAUGAUGGGCAAUGGUUAUGUUUGGAUAGCUACAGAUUGGCUGGCUUAUAUUUUAGAUUCUAAUUCUCCUCUCUCCUCUGACACCAUGGAUAAAAUGCAAGGAGUGCUUGUUCUGCGUCAGCACACACCAGAUUCAGAUAGAAAGAGAGCUUUUCUUUCUAGGUGGAAGAAAUUAACCAGUGGUUCUUUGGGGAUGAAUUCUUAUGGCCUUUAUGCUUAUGAUUCUGUUUGGCUGUUAGCUCAUGCUCUUGAUACAUUUUUCAAUCAGGGUGGGAUUAUUUCAUUCUCUACUGAUUCUAGAUUGCUUUCUACUGAAGUUAGCAAUCUCCACCUUGAUGCAAUGAGCGUUUUUGAUGACGGACCACACUUGCUGAAGAACAUAUUGCAGAGUAAUACUGUUGGGUUGACAGGUCCUCUAAAGUUUAGUCCAGACAAGUCUCUUAUUUAUCCUGCAUAUGAUCUUAUUAAUGUGAUUGGAUCCGGAACUCGACGGGUCGGUUACUGGUCCAACUAUACUGGUUUGUCAACUGUGCCUCCUGAGACACUCUAUACAAAGCCACCCAAUCGCUCAAGUGCAAGCCAGCAACUAUGCAGUGUCAUCUGGCCUGGAGACACCUUUACAAAGCCCCGGGGAUGGGUUUUCCCAAACAAUGGGCAACUAUUGAAAAUUGGUGUACCUAAUAGGGCCAGUUACUGGGAAUUUGUAUCAAGAGUGAAAGGAACUGAUAUGUUUCAUGGUUUUUGCAUAGAUGUGUUUACAGCUGCUGUAAAUUUGUUGCCGUAUGCUGUCCCGUAUCAAUUCAUCGCCUUUGGAGAUGGUACUAAAAAUCCAAGCUACACAGAACUAGUGAAUUUGAUCACCACUGGUGUCUUGGAUGCUGCUGUUGGUGACAUUGCUAUUGUUACAAAUCGAACAAAGAUAGUGGAUUUUACACAACCGUAUGCUGCAUCGGGACUUGUUGUUGUGGCCCCAUUUAAGAAAUUGAACACUGGAGCUUGGGCUUUUCUACGACCCUUUACUGGAUCAAUGUGGACUGUCACUGCUUUUUCUUUCCUUGUUAUUGGAAUUGUCAUCUGGAUAUUAGAGCAUAGGAUAAAUGAUGAAUUCAGGGGACCUCCUAAAAGACAAGUCGUAACCAUUCUGUGGUUUAGCUUAUCAACCAUGUUUUUUGCCCAUAGAGAGAACACCGUGAGCACCCUGGGCCGUCUGGUGCUAAUGAUAUGGCUCUUUGUGGUUUUGAUAAUCAACUCAAGCUAUACUGCUAAUUUGACUUCAAUCCUAACAGUGCAGCAGCUCUCUUCUCCUAUUAAAGGAAUUGACAGCUUGAGAACUGGUGAUGACCCUAUUGGGUACCAGGAGGGUUCAUUUGCUGAAUAUUAUUUAAGUGAGGAACUCAAUAUCUCUAAGUCUAGGCUUGUUCCCCUUCGUUCGCCUGAAGAAUAUGCUGCAGCACUCAAACGUGGUCCCGAUAAGGGAGGUGUUGCUGCUGUGGUAGAUGAACUUCCUUAUGUAGAACUUUUCCUCUCAAGCCAUUGCACAUUCAAGGUUUUAAGUCAAGAGUUCACAAAAGGCGGCUGGGGCUUUGCAUUUCCACGGAACUCUCCAUUGGUUGUUGAUUUGUCUACUGCAAUUCUACAACUAGCUGACAAUGGUGAUCUCCAGCGGAUCCAUGACAAGUGGCUGGUGAAAAGCAGUUGCAGUUUAGACAACGCUGAGAUUGAAUCAGACCGGCUUCAACUAAAAAGCUUUUGGGGUCUUUUCCUUAUCUGUGGAAUAGCUUGCUUCAUUGCCCUCUUAAUAUACUUUUUUCGGAUCAUGAACCAGGUAUGCAGUGCUCGUACCGAUUCUGUUGCAACUGAACCUGGCAGCAGACGUUCUAGAGGACUUCAGAGGAUAUUUUCAAUUAUGGAUGAGAAGGAACAUACAUCAAAGAGCAAGAGUAAGAGACUAAAAUCAGAAAGAACUUCAUUUGGAAGUGUCAGGGAUGACGAGUUAGAGAGUACCAGGAGGAGACAGACAGAUUUUGCCACAGGGAGCAACACCAGCACAUGAUCAAUUAACUUGGUUUCCUGCUUGUGAAUCCUUAAUUGUAUUACUCAUUACAUGUGAAGCCCCAUUUAGAAUCACAUUUGAAGCACUGUGACUGUCAAUAUUUAUGUGCAAAAUUGGUCACCUCAGGAAAGCCUUAGAGCAUCUGCCAUUUGCAAGAUUUUGUCUUGUAUACAUGUCUAGUACUAAGAUGUAAGAUCACAUACAUUGUAAAGCAUUUAUACUUCAAUCUUGUUUAUCUUCCUAUUUAGAAAUA